AUGUUGCUCCAGUGGAAGGCGGCUGCGGCGGCGGCGGCGGCGGCGUCGGCGGCGGCGUCGCCACAGUGCGGACAGCGCGCGCCGCGGCGGGUCGCCACGGCAGUGCCAGGGGCAGCUCGCAGGCACGGGCCACGCCGCGCCGCUGCCGCCGCCGCCGCCUCCGGCGCCCGCCGCACGCUGGCGUCUCCGCGACGGGCCUCGCUGCCGCCCGCCUGCUCCUACACAUGCAGCCUCUCUAUGCUGAUUGCCUACAUAAGAAACUGGAUGGUUUACAUCUGGACGUGUAUAACUGCAACAGUCUCGACUAGGAUCCAGCACGCUUUGAGGUUGUUUGGUGAUGCGGAUAACGUCUGCCAUCUGUAUUACGACCUCUGUGUGGACUGUUCUCUAGCAAGAAAACGCCAGGACGUCCUAAAGUACCGCAAGCUGUGCCGGCGGUGUUCCACGGACGCGGCGGCGGCCGCCGGCCUCGCCAAGAGGCAGCACGCGUGCAGGAGGUUUCCGACACCACUAAUCGCCGAGCUAUUACCUGCUUAG